GAAAGUAUACAAAUAUUUUAACAUUCGCACUACUUAUGAAGUGGGAAGGAAACUGUAUAUUAUUUACCACCUACAGUUUAUGCAACAGCUUCAGCUUCAGCGGUUGAGAGCGAUGAAGACCGGCAAGUUUUGCAAUUUGGCGCAAAAUCUGUACCGCAGGAAGGUGUUUUGAGUCCUGCACAAAAUAAAAAAACCAAAUCUUCCUCAACGAACAGAAAUGGCCGCCGCUACGAGGCUUCACGUGACAAAGCAACUCUGCAAAAUGUUGCAUCAUACGAGGUUCCUGCUGUAAACAAAAGCAUGACUGCCCGUAAAAGUCAGCGGCAACGAUCACGCGAUUCUCCAACUGCAACUAAUUUCCAUACACCACAAACUGCAGAUACUCUGCUAUUUGGACAAAUACCAAACAAACCGUUGAUUAACGACGAUGGUGCUCCCUCAACUGCUGCUGCUGCUGUAUCGGCCAGUAAGAAACCACAGAGCCAGCGGGAACGCGGUUCAAGUCGUGCACGUGAAAAAAUUUCAAACAGUAGAAUAACUGGCAAAUCUGCUUAUGAAGCUCAAAGUUCCAAAUCUAAGAAAUUGAUCCCCAAAGUAGCAACUGCAUCUUCGACAUCAACGUCAACCUCAUCGCCGACGUCUACAACUAUAACUACAACAACAACACCUCCACCAAAUAUCUUUGGUAAUUUUGCACAAAACAAUCCAUUUAAUAUAUUUUCACGUGAUUUUUGGAAUUUUGGGCAAACGACAACCACAACUUCUCCUCCUCAAGUAAUCAGUAAAAGACCACCAAAAAAAUAUAUACGUACACCACCUGUUGCUACUUCAAAAGAUGAUAAGAAUCUGAGCUAUCAGAAAAUUAAAGCUCCAAAUAUAAAGCCAACAGUAGCCACUACCACAAAAACGCCGAAAAAGGACAAUUCCGAUGUUCCGUUUCGGAUUGCAUUGCCUACACUACAAUUUACCAAUCCACAAUCACAAAAAAUCGACCCCGAGAAGGAAAAAGAGAAACGUGCGACACUUGAGAGUCUACGUUCACGCUUCAAUUGUCCACGAGAAAGUGAAGUACGUUUCCAGCUAUUUCCUAAAAUCUGUAAUAACGAUAAGGACUGCAGUGUCUGGAAUAGACAAGAGUUAUGUUGCGAUAUUUUCGGAUCAAAAAGUUGUGUCUCAGGUAUGCAGAAACCCUUAGAAGAAAGUUCUCAUGCACCCAUAUUGGGUAUCAUACCACGUAAAUGCCCCACUCGUCCUCUAGCUGAAUUAUGGUGGUCCGUGCAAGAAUGUCAAACCGAUAUGGAUUGUUGGCCGCGUGUAUGUUGCCCAGAUGGACAAAAACGUUAUUGUCGAACUUCACAACCUGAAUUAGAGAUUGCACCCGUACCGGUCAAACGUUCUUUCAAUUACUUGUCAGAAUAUCUUGAAUGUACACCACCUCCACCACCGAUAUUUGAUUUACAUCCUAAAGCUUGCACGUCUACUUUGGACUGUUUUCCGAAUGUUUGCUGUCAAGAGGCUGGCCUACGUCACUGUCGACCACCAAAGAAAUCUGUGCUUACUUUAAUGGCCAAUUUCUUGAAUGUUGGCUUUGUACAGCGAUUGGCCCAAAAUAUUGUAAUUAAGUGAUAUUGUUCUAAUUAUUUUUUUAAAACCUAAUUAUUAAAAAGUGGAUAUGUUACUAUUUGUAUACUGUUUGUUAGUCGUCUGUAAAUGAACUUAUCUUGUUAUGAUUUGUAUAUAUUGAAAAAUUCGGUGAUAUAUAUUUAAAGCUUUGCUCAAAUUCUGUAAAUAUUUAUUAAAAAAAAAAUAGAAAAUUAAAUAU